CACCUCUCCCACGUCCAAAGCUUUAAGACACGCAGCGUCCAUAAACCGCCACGCCCCCUGAAAAUACCCACACGUUCAGUUCGGUGAACAGAGCAGCAGCACGCAGACGAGAGACAACAGGUGUCGCCAUGGCCUCCCAGCUCUCCGCCGCCGCGUCCAUGUCCGCCGCCGUGCCGCGGUUCCACGGCUACGCCUCGCUCCGGUCCGUGGCGGCGCUGCCGCCGGUGAGGGCCGGCGGCCGGAAGCGGGCGCAGGGCAUCCGGUGCGACUACAUCGGCUCGGCCACCAACCAGAUCAUGGUGCUGUCGACGACACUGAUGCUGUUCGCGGGGCGGUUCGGGCUGGCGCCGUCGGCGAACCGGAAGGCGACGGCGGGGCUGAAGCUGGAGUCCCGCGACUCCGGGCUGCAGACCGGCGACCCCGCCGGGUUCACGCUCGCCGACACGCUGGCCUGCGGCGCCGUCGGCCACAUCAUCGGCGUCGGCAUCGUGCUCGGGCUCAAGAACACCGGCGCGCUCGACCAGAUCAUCGGCUGAAGUGUUUGUUUGGCUGCCUAUCGCUCGCGCCGCCGCCUAUGUAACCUGCGUGCGUGUGCAUUCGUUGUGCGCGCAUGCAUCGUCUCGUCCCAAUGAACAUAGCUUGCUGCUGCUUUUGGCCCCAGAGCCUAUCAGCUUCAGUAACCCACGUCGUUCGUACUUCUUUUUUUCAUGGAACAAAUCUUCAGAAACUUCAAAGAGAGUUCAAAUUCCUA